GAAAGGCUGUUAUCUCGGAAGGGCUACUCUGAUUUCGGCUUCAACAGCCACGAUGGCGGCGGAGAGAACGUCAAAUGCCGCUGUUUCCGUACAGUUUCCGAUGCGAUCAACAACUUCUGGAACGGUUUACAAGAUACUACCGGCAAGUUGUACCAAAUGGGCCGCUCCGAUCCCCGCAAGUUCUUAUUCGCUGCGAAAAUGGGGCUUUCGCUUUCGCUCGCUUCGCUGGUCAUCUUCUUUCGAGAACCUUUAAAAGACGUAGGGCAAUACUCAAUCUGGGCUAUUCUUACUGUUGUGGUCGUUUUCGAGUUUAGCGUCGGGGCAACACUGAAUAAAGGGUUUAAUCGUGCCCUGGGGACGUUUUCAGCYGGAGGCCUUGCUCUAGGUAUUGCAGARCUAUCUAGUUCAGCCGGCGCGUUUAAUGAAGUUAUAAUCGUAAUCAGUAUAUUCAUUGCAGGAUUUUUCGCAAGCUAUACUAAAUUGUAUCCGCCGAUGAAGACAUAUGAAUACGGGUUCCGGGUAUUCUUGUUGACAUUUUGCAUCGUGUUGGUAUCUGGAAGUACAUCGUCAUUUUUCGAAACGGCUUUGUACCGAUUACUGCUUAUUGCCAUCGGUGCUUGCAUGUGCUUGGUAGUUAAUAUAUGUAUAUUCCCCAUUUGGGCAGGGGAGGAUCUGCACAAGUUGGUUGUGAAAAAUUUCAAAAAUGUUGCUACUUCUUUGGAAGGCGUUGUUAACGAAUAUCUUCAAUGUGUGGAAUAUGAGAGAGUUUCCUCAAAAAUUCUUACAUACCAGGCCUCUGAUAAUCCUGUAUAUAAUGCUUAUAGAUCGGCUGUACAGUCCUCGAGCCAGGAGGACACCUUGUUGGACUUUGCCUCCUGGGAGCCACCKCAUGGCCCUUACAGGACAUUCAAUUAUCCAUGGCAUAACUAUGUCAGAGUGAGYGGUGCUCUUAGGCAUUGUGCUUUUAUGGUCAUGGCAAUGCACGGAUGUAUUCUUUCAGAAAUCCAGGCUCCACCGGAGAAGAGAAAGGUCUUUGCAAAGGAGCUUCAGAGGGUUGGCGUUGAGGGAGCAAAAUUCUUACAUGAGCUUGGAAGCAAAGUAGAAAAGAUGGAGAGACUAAGUUCAGUCGACAUGCUUUAUGAAGUUCACGAUGCAGCAGAAGCAUUACAAAUGAAGAUUGAUGCGCGAUCAUAUGUGCUGGUCAAUUCAGCAAGUUGGGGAGCUGGAAUACAGCAAAAGGAACACGAAGAUUUUCAACAUUUUAUCGAUGGCAAGGAUGAUCAUAACAAACAGGUGGUAAUUGAAUCCCUGAAUGAGACACUGGAUGCUCAUCACUCGUGCAUCGGAAUGAACCCUUCCAUUACAGAAUGGGUAUCCACAGAAAGUGUCUUUAACAAAAACCUUAUUUCAUGGCCACGUCUUUCGUUAUCGAUGGAUGCCAUGCCUAAUGAACGUGAGGCGAAAGUAUACGAAAGUGCAAGCUCCUUGUCUUUGGCAACAUUUGCCUCGCUUCUCAUUGAAUUUGUUGCAAGACUUCAAAAUCUCUUGAAUGCAUUUGAAGAGCUCAGCGAGAAGGCAAAUUUCAAGGCAGCAGAGAACUUUGCAGUUAAAAAGGAGCAUUUUGGAUUUUGGACUAGAUUUAGGUUCGUUGGCAUCAAGAACUGAGACUUGAUAUGAUGCCAUGCCAAAGUUUGAGUGCACUGGAUUAUCUGAUACCACACCUCUCUACAGUUGGCUCAUCAUUAUACAGUAAUGGUUGAGUUUGCCACAGGUUUUCAAAAAAGGGUUGAAAUCUCAGUCUCGUUAACCUGCAUCCUAUUAUAUUCUUCCGUGGCAGGUAACUUAAACGGGUCCGUCCUAGGUGGAUCCAGGUCAUCACAUAUUAAUACAGAAGAGUCUUGGGAGGACACUAGAAUCUGUUCAUCAACCUGUCGGGGCCAUAUGCGGGAGGGAGCGAUCCUUUAACGUUAUGAUUCUUUUAUUAUGCCUAGAGGAUUACAAGUUUACUAAGCCUCUAGUUUGAUAUUACAUUUAUUUUGCCUCCAGAUGUGAUGUCAUUAGAAAGAUUGUGUACUUACACAAUAUUUAUGAUGCUUCACACCGUGUUAUUUAAUAUUUUUGCAAACUCAAGCCCGCUGUAUAUGAUUAGUAUACUGUUCUUUGUACUUAUUGUCUCUUCAAUCCUGUGAUGUGCCCGUGAGAUAUGGUUUGAGAAUGUUUUAUAGCUAAAGUUUCAUACCCCAUUC